CUAAAAGCUCUACACCUGAAAGCUCUACAACUGAAGAUUCUACAUCUGAACGCUUUACAACUGAAGGCUCUACAAAAACAGAUCCUACACUAAAGCAUGCCUAUGUUGUUCAUGCAGCAGUGAAUGCUAUCCUUAACAAGACAAGAGAGAGCAUUAAAGGAUGUACAAUAUACUUGACACAUUUUCCGGACAAUGAUUGUGUUCACGCAAUCAUAGAAGCUGAAAUAAGAGAAGUAGUUUAUCUUAAAUGGAAGAGUUGUGAUGAUGAUGAUGAAAAAGAUGAGAGAAUUAAGGAAUUGUUAGAUAAUAAUUCUGUUGAAUUAAGGGAAAUAAUGCGUGAAGAAAUAAAAGAGGAGAAAGAUCUCAAAGUUGUAACAGAACUAGAAUAUAGAAUAGCUAACAAAAGUGAUGCUGAUGCUAACAAAGCAGCAAGGACAAUGGCAAUAUCAUGGGAACAGUUUUUCAUGGGGAUUGCAGAACUAUCAAAGACAAGACCAGGAGAAGAAAAGAACCCUAAAAUCAUAGUAAAAAUAGCAGAGAGAGUAUUUCCAUUAGAUUACCAUCAGGAGCCCAUAAAAAUGAGCUGCUGUUAUAGUCGGUUCAAGUUGAGUUGCCCAAGUACCACCCCUUAUAAUUUUUUAAUCACUAAUGCUAGCAACCUGAAAUUUAGUAUACUUGCAAAACGGGUUCUUCCGAAAAUCUGUACCAAUUUUUGAGUCUCUAGGUACUCUGGAAGGUUCUGAAUGGGUUCUUCCGCUCUAGUUCAAAGGGAGCCGCCAUGAUGAAUCAUUACGUGUAGGCUACAUCACACUCGUGAAUAUUAUUUGCAUUUCAUUACUAUUAAUGUUUUUUUUAUUUAUAAAAUAAAAGCAAACAGAUAAGGUCCUCUAGAGAAGCUGGUAUUCAACUAGCAGACCUUGCUACUGGAAACAUACUGCUACACCUGUCUACAGCCUUCUUGGUUCUAGUUAUUCUUCAUCAUCCUCAAUCUAGGUUGAUAUCUUCCGUAUCCGAGGU